UUAUUUCAUGCCCUGGUAGUCGUAAGCUCGACUUGUGCCCCUAUUUCUUGCACAUGGUAUGGUGAUAUGGAUCGAGUCAAUCCAUAGUCUCUCGAUUAUGAUCCAACAUCCAUCGAGACACAACCGAUGGCUCGCGCUCGCGCCGAUACAGGGAAUUUCCCCAAAGAGCCUCACUCGGUCUCUCUGAAAGUUCUAAGGCUCUCUCGCCCAUCCUUGGUCCAACAACAUCCACUCCCGCUCGAAAUUGAACAUGACACCAAGAUCCAGCGGACGGCGUCACUUGCAUACCCUUCCACCGCGGCCGGGGUCGACCAGGAAUUCAUCCUAACCAACAAUCUAGGUCUCCCACCGUCAUUCGGAUCCGCCCACGUUGGCGAGACAUUCGCUUGUGCAUUAUGCGCGAACAACGAGCUUCUGCCUGGGAAUAGCACUAAGUCUGUCUCGGGCACACGGAUCUUGGUCGAAAUGCAAACACCAUCGCAGUCUGUACCACUGGAAUUGCGUGCUGCUGAGUCUGAAAGUGAUCAGACGGGACCAGGUAGUUCGUUGCAGCGCAUCAUACAGUUCGACCUUAAGGAGGAAGGGAAUCAUGUUCUAGCCGUGAACGUCACGUACACGGAGACCACAUCUGGAGAUGGACAAGCAACCAGCGGCAGGGUAAGAUCAUUCCGAAAGUUGUACCAAUUCCUCGCACAGCCGUGUUUGAGCGUUCGGACCAAGGCUACGGAACUGCCGUCGACUGAAGUCCCCGACAAAACGCAUGGCCCUUAUGGUAGAGCGACGCUAUUCCGAUACGUCUUAGAAGCGCAGUUGGAGAACGUGUCAGACACAGCCAUCGUUCUUGAGGAGAGUAGACUGCAAGCGAAGACGCCGUUCAAAGCCACGUCGCUGAAUUGGGAUGCUGAAAAGGAGGAUGGCGUCGAGGUGCGAAAUCCACUGCUCAAUGCCCGCGAUGUGAUUCAGGUUGCAUUCGUCGUGGAGCAGGAACAAGGCGUGUCGGAUGGUCUGGAAGAGCUCAAAGAGAGCAUGAGAAGAGAUGGUAGGGCUGUGCUGGGUCAGCUUGCCAUCCAGUGGCGGAGCUCGAUGGGCGAGCGGGGCUCGCUGAGUACAGGAAGUCUCCUGUCGCGGCGAAGAGUGUCGUGAUAUUCUUACAGAAUUGAGAUUUCCCUGCGUAUGCGCUACAUGUGCAUGUGCGGUGCCGAGUUUUAUGGCGCAUUAGGGUGCAUGCAUGCUGAGGCCAUUCAUCCUUCCGUUGAGUGUAUGUGCUCUUGGUUUCCGGAUGGUCGGCAAGUCUGGCAC